AUGUCGGUUCCCAGAUCCGGCGCGCGCCCGAUUCCUCCCCGCGGGCCCCGGCCUCCUAUGGGACGACUGGCCAGUCUCAAGCCUCCCAGCUCAACUCCUAUCAAUCGUCCAACACCCAUUGGACGUCCCCAAGCACCCCGUCCGACAACACACCCGAAAACCUCUAACUGCCCUAACCCAGGAUGCCCUGCCCCGCAUAUUGUCGAUGAUGGCGGCGUGAAAGUCUGCUCGGGCUGUGGUACAGUCAUCAGCGAAAACAACAUUGUGUCUGAAGUUACUUUUGGUGAAUCCUCGUCCGGUGCAGCUGUUGUACAGGGAUCUUUUGUCGGAGAAGAUCAGACUCACGUACGCAGCUAUGGUCCAGGUUUCCAGCGCGGCGGCGCCAUGGAGAGCCGGGAAAUGACCGAACAAACUGGAAACCGCUACAUGCUUCAACUUUCUCGAGCAUUGACUAUCCCGGAAAGUGCAACCAAGGCUGCUGGUCAGGUCUUCAAGCUUGCCGUUGGAUUGAACUUCAUCCAAGGUCGUCGCACGAAAACGGUAGCUGCUGUUUGCUUGUACAUAGCAUGCCGCCGUCAAAAUGGCAAUACAGUCAUGCUGAUUGAUUUCGCUGAUGUGUUGAUGAUCAACGUAUUCAAACUCGGUCGCACUUACAAGGCUCUUCUCGACGAGCUUCGCCUCGGUGGCAAUGUCUUUCUCAUGAACCCUAUCGACCCGGAAAGUCUUAUUUAUCGUUUCGCCAAGCAGUUAGAAUUCGGGCCAUCUCUCAUGGCCGUGGCCGGCGAGGCAGUUCGAAUCGUGCAGCGAAUGAAUCGCGACUGGAUGACCACCGGUCGACGCCCAGCUGGUCUCUGCGGUGCAGCAUUGAUCCUUGCCGCGCGCAUGAACAACUUCCGUCGAACCGUGCGUGAGGUCGUCUACAUUGUGAAAGUCACUGAAACCACUAUCAGCCAGCGUCUGAACGAGUUCGGUUCAACCGAGAGUGGUGAAUUAACCGUCGAUCAAUUCCGUUCCGUUCAAUUAGAAAACACUCAUGAUCCCCCAUCCUUUACUCGCGCUCGAGAAGAACGGAAAAAACGUAUCAAAAGGCUGCCUGAGACCGCGGCGGAACUUGAAGACGGCGAAUCCCCAAGCGAAAGCGAAACAGAAUCGCUUCAACCGCAUCGUGUGGAUGCCGACGGCUUCGCUAUUCCCAAUCUCCCCAUCGACCCGGCCUUGACUGCAACUGGCAAUGGUCGACGUGCAUCAGUGAUUGCGAAGACAGUGGAUCAAGUCGUUCAAGAUGUCCAAAAUGAGCCAGUUCAUUCCAAGGGCAAAGGCAAACGACAACCCACACCAGAGCCCUCUGCCGAGCAGGUUGCUUCUGAAGCAGCGCUGGAGGAUGAAAUGCGAUCUAUGCUAGCUCAAGGCUCAAACAUGAUCGAGAGUGUCGGUUCCGACCAACCGCCCCGUCCUGUUGUGUCCGACAGUACUGAAAUCGAUGCUGCGGAAUUUGAAGAUGAUCCCGAAGUCGCCAAUUGUCUGCUCUUACCUGCCGAAGUUGAGAUUAAGGAAUCAAUUUGGGUCACCGAGAACAAAGAGUACCUCCGUACCCAACAAGCGAAGGCCUUGAAGCGAGCUCUGGAGGAGUCCACUGAUGGGGGUGCACCUCGCAAACCGCGUAAGCGCCGCCGUGGUCGCCUUGGCGAUGUCACAUAUCUGGAGGGCGAGGGCGAGGGAGGCGGCAAGUCCCGUGCCUCAACACCUGCUGAAGCGACGCGUCGCAUGCUGGAACGACGAGGAUACAGUAAGAAAAUCAACUAUGGUCUGUUGGACACGCUGUAUGGCGGCGAAGCAGGAGACGCAAAGUCACAAAGCAUGAGCCGCAGCCAAAGUCGCAGCCAAAGCGUUGUUUCGCGCCGCAGCGCCAGUAUCGAGCCAGAAGUAGCGUCACGAUCCCGGCGCGCAACUCCUUCAGAUGCCAAAUUCGCACGUCCUACUUCUACUGCACCACUUCCUACUCCACCUUCCACUAUGCCAAAUUCCACUCAGGAUGCAAAGCCAGCUGUGGUCGAGGAUGGUCCCGUGGGCAAAGCAGAGCAAUAUCCAGAGGAAGAUGAUGACGAGGGUGAUUACUCCGACGACUAUGAGAAGGAUGAUGGCGUCGACGACGCAUUUGCGGGCAACUACGAAAGUGACUACGAUUAUGGCGACGAUGAUGACUGA